CGACAUUUAGUUUAGUGGUGUUUCUGGUGGCAGUCGUACUUCGGACAUUCUACCAUCCACACAACAAGCAACAGUGUAAAAUUAAUUAAAUGAAAAGAAAAAAAAAAAACAACCACAAAUAUAGUUUAUAACUAAUAAUAAUUACAAUUAAAAAUCCCCCGGCACACAACACAUUAAAAUAUGAAAAGUACAGAAAAAUUACAAUAACAGCAACAGGAAAACAUCUCUCAUUCAAGUGUUAUCUUUUCGGGUAUUCUCUUUCGGCAAAAAAGUACCAAAUCAAACAAAUACGUCAAAUAAUUAUCGGGAACAAUGAAGUAGUUCCAGCAACCAACUUAUGCUCGCUCAAGUAGUGUGAAAGUCUAAAGUUGAAAACGGAAGUAGUGUUACUGACCGACCAAACGGACACCUCCCACCCCCAAAACACAAGUCCGACCGUCAGAAAUCAGAAAAGCAAACCAAGCAACAAACAUGAAAUUCAAACAAAAUACAUUCAAGUGAAAUAAAAUUAAAACACAUCCCUCCCACUUACGCCGCCUACCCCCGAUGCAUUUAGAGUGAAGAUUAAAUUAUUCCAUACACAAGUAUAGUUUAUUAUUUUUUUGUUAGAAAAAAGUUCACUGAGAAAAACAAAAAGAGAAACGGAAAUACAUAAAAUAUUAGAAAAAAAAAAAAGAAGAAUAGAAUGAGAAACAACGGUUCAUAUUAAAUUAAGCAAAAGCAACAAGUGAAUUUUUGAAUGACAGCAGCCGAAAGCAACACACCGACCGCACACAUUAGCAGUCACUCCAAGAGCCACCAAAGCAGAACCAAAAACCUCAUUCGGGGAGAAGAACUCCACGCAAAAGAAGCCGUAAACAGAGACCAUUUACAGUUGGCUGCAGCCAGCAGCAGUGCAGCAUACUAAAGCGAAGACACAAUUCAGGACAGCCAAAGAAGCACGACUUGGAAGCAACAGGUUUCAGAAACAUUCCAUCAGACCAGACUCCCUCCCCAGCGCUCGCCCGCAAUCAAGAACGUAACAUUCCAGUGGUGAACUCUUCCCCAUGUCCAGACAAAACAGUUGAAAUCAAAGAGAAAGAGAGCAUUGUGAGAGGCAUUUGGUAAAGCACCGAAAAUCUCCUCUUUCCCCACAGAGGCAUUAGUGAUUUGAUUACUCGAAAUAAAGAAUUACAUACACACGACGAAAUUAUUGUAUUUUAACUAAAACUGUGCUACAAUAAACCAGAAGACGACGAAGAAGAAGAAGAACAGCACGACAAGACAACUCAUAUCUGGCAUCAACAAAACAAAUGAGUUUAUAUCGGUUGCAUUUUUAUUGGGCGAAAACGCAAACAACAGCUACAACAGAAAAUAAUUGAAUGAACAACAACCGACGACAGCAACAAAAGUUACGGCAAAACAUGCAUUUAAUUGAAGCAUAGAGAGCAGACAACAACAAUAACAGUACUCACUUGAAUUACACGCAAGUACACUGACAACCGCCAGCAACAAACACAACAACGACAACCCAUCAUCAUUACCAUCACCAUCACCAAAUAUUUACAAGUGUGAGUGACGGCAAGGCCUAGUGCGCACAUCCUCUGGAUCAAAUAUCACUGGACUUUUCAUGUAUUAGCCCAACAGCACUGCAAUACAAGAUCAACCCACGCCCCCUCGACCACCGAGUUCGAGGUUCGCUUAGUGCGACAAUCCGCAUUCCCUUUCCCCGCUUGCAGUUCGUCAAAAUUCCUUUCACCAUGGAAACUUUCUACGACGGCGAUCUUAAGGAUAUAUGGGACUCUGACUUAGAUCCAACGGACUCUUUGAAAUUGUCCACCGACAGCGACAUGAAUGAUUGGUUCCUGGAGCGAGAUGUUAAAGAUGCCGCCGUCAUACUCAACGACAAGCUAAUAUCUGACGCCCUGCUUAAUGGAACGCUGCCGAUCAAAUCUGAACAUUCGUACAGCCUAAAUAGCGAUGGCGAUUCAUUGCCCGAUUCGCCGCACAGUCUCCAAGCGAAAAUGGAUGAUAUGGAAGACGAAUGCUAUCCGGCCAUUUCACUGAAAACAGCCACGUCCAAUGUCAGAGGUCUGAGCAGUACAGCAACAAUUGAUCCAAAAUGCUUGAGCAUCACCUCCAGCCCUGCAAUGCUCUCGGGCAGCAAUGUCGGAACCGGGGGAUUGACAUUAAAUCCUAUGGUAUCUGCGGCUUCCACAUCGAGCGCAAGUCUGUGCAGUCAGUCAAAUCCAACAUUGUCCUCCCAUGGUAGCACCAUAAGCCAUAUGUCGAGUAUGUAUGGCAAUGUAUGUAAGAUUUCCGCUAGCGCUCCCAUUACACUUAACCUGCGAAAUCUGGACGCUGCCCAGAGUCUGAGUAAUGCAUUGACUGCCUGCUCCUCAGAUAACUCCAAAGUAAUGGUCAGACAGCCCGCCACACAAUUACACACACAGCAACUACAACAACCACAAUAUCUACCUCAAGACGAGCUAAACGUAAUCAUGGACAAUGAUUGUGCCUCCAGUACGUCAUCGCGGGAUGGCAGUCAGUCGCCUGAUAUAUGCUCUGAUAUUGAGAUCGACGAGUCUUGCAUUAAAAACGAGCCAAUGUCACCCGAUUCCAGUUGUCCCGGCAGCCCCGAGGCGAGCGACUUAGCCAAUAGCAGCAGCAACACAAAUGGUGGCACUUUAAGCUUAACAAUGGCCAAUAUGGCUGCGUUCACAAAUUCAGAUCUCGUUUUUGAGCACAAGGAUGGAUGUUUACAACUGACUCCGUCUUCACAUAACCUGCUCAAGUCACAGCAAAUAAUCCUCAGUCCCGCACAAAAUGUUAUAAUACCUAAAUUUACCAUCAAAUCCGAAACGGCUGCUUCCAAUGGCGGUACGUUUAUAACGUCACCUCCGAUUGCCAAAUCAUACGGUCUUCCUUUGACCCCACCUUCUUCCCUCUCCAGUGAUGGAUCCGAGGGUAAUCUCACACCUGAACAUAUGCUUUCACCUCAGUCACCCGCCUCAUCAGCUACUGCGAGGACAGCGGCUUCAGUUAGCCAGCCGACAAGUGGCAUAUUGACUGUCACGUCAAUACGACGAAAUACCAACAACAGCUCUGCCUCGUCCACUACCUCCAACUCAAGUUCCACUGUCAGCAUGGGUCGACACACAAACGGAGGCACCACCCGCCAGCCAAUUCACACGCCAUUAAUAAGCUCACAGCCGAAGGGUUCUACAGGAACUCUCUUGUUAACCGAAGAGGAAAAACGCACGCUGUUGGCUGAAGGGUAUCCAAUACCACAAAAACUACCACUAACCAAAGCCGAAGAAAAGUCUUUGAAGAAAAUUCGACGUAAAAUAAAGAAUAAGAUUUCCGCUCAGGAGAGCAGGCGCAAAAAGAAAGAAUAUAUGGAUCAGCUAGAACGCAAAGUUGAGAUUCUCGUGAACGAAAAUACCGACUACAAAAAACGUGUCAAAUCACUGGAAGAUUCGAAUGCCGGCCUUCUAAGUCAAUUGCACAAACUGCAGGCUAUAGUAAACAAACAUAACCUCAAAAAGUCUUAAAGACUUGCAACAAAGAGCGAAUCGCAUAAAACAUAAGUGAAAACAAACUUGGCAACAUCCUCACCCGCCCACGUCUGCUAUACACAACAACAGCAUUGCUCUGACAACAUUCCUACUUUUAUUUUUUAGAAACCGAGUUACAACCUAGCUUUCGACUCCCAAACGUCCCCUAUAAUUUAUUAUUAUAAUUUAAUUAAUUAGUUUGUUGCACCUACUGAAUUAAUUUAUUAUAGUCUUUCGGAUGAGCUCCUACGAUGAGUGUUAAAGAAUAGCUAACUGCCUCGCUAUAUGCCAAUUACCAUGUCUAGAAAUUAAGUCCAGAUAACAAGUCGAGCACAUAGUUCCACACAGGAAGUCCUUGGUUUUACUUUGUCUAAUCUUGGAAGAGAAAUGACGUUAUGUUUUAAUAAUGUUCUUCUUUUGCGUUUAAUAAUUACGUUUUUCGUUACUUAGGAAGAAAGAAAUUAGUUGUUUGUACACUAAGGGAUAAGAGCUUUCUCAUCAACAUCCAUGCAUCAGAUUCGUAUAGUAUGCCAUGGCAUGACUACUACAGGGUCAAUGCAGGUGUGGAAAGAAACGAUGCACGAGGAGUAUUUUCACAGCAUUGCAUGAAUCUUUUUCUCUUUUCAAGCAGAAAAUGAUGCUGUUACCUUGUAGUAUUUACGCGAUGGUGUACAUAUUUGUAUUUCGAAAAAAUUGAUCAAAGACGGUACAAGCUCUGUAUGGCUUUCCCACCUACAUUCCCCCUAUACGUCUAAAUAUGUAAAUAUUUAUGCAGAUUAUGUCAAUGAAAGAAGAAGUCUUGUCCGAGCCACUUUGUAAUAUGUUUACUUUAGAUUACUUUGUACAUAAUUAUAAUGCCUUUUACUUAAUAGUGUUAUCUUUGUAAUUCACAACCGGUCAUGUGUUUUAAAGAGAUCCUUUUGAGACUGCUCACAAUUCGUAAAGCCUUGGCCAAGGCCAUCUUACAAGAUCACAUUAUUGUUGGAGUUUCUAGAUAUAUGACUCGAAGAGUAAUCAUGCCUUUGAGGCUUAAAAGCUUUAUUAUUAUUUGUUGAUAGAAAAUUGUAAUAUUAUUAUUGGAAUUUAUUUUGAUUCUGUCUGAAUUUGAGUCUUUACAAUUGUUUUCACGUCUCAGAGGAUUGCCCAGCCCCUAACACACAUUUUAGGAAUAAGUGAAGUGUUCUUUUCUAAUGAAUGCUGUCUUCUAUAUUUUGUACUACAUACUUUUAAGUAUAUAUGUGUGUACCUUUCUCUCUAUUCUUAAAGUCUAUGUUUAAAUGAUACUAUGUAAGCCGUGACAUAUUGAUUAGAAUAACCUAAGAAUUUAUUAAUUUUAAUUGAAAGAAUCGAAAAAUGUUUUAGUCAAAUUAUAGUUGCCCAUUGUAAUCGACAACAAUGAUAUUGUUUUUCCCCGUCUAGCAUUGUUAAAAUUAGGUGUUGAGGAGCAAAUCUUUAUUACAUUCAUCGACAAAUGCUUCCAUUGGUGUCCAUUGGAUGCAUGCCUGAAAUGUGCAUUUGCUUUUAGUUUCAGCUUAACCGAAGUCAUUGUUUUAAGUCAUGUUUUGUUUUUGAAUUUAGAAGAAUUUAUAUUAAAUUUUUAAUAUUUUUGUAUUGCUUUAGCAAAUUUAAUGAAACGUAUAUGUUUAUGGGUUUAUGGGUUCAUGUGCUAUAAUACAUGUGCCUACUGGACCGACCAACCCUCUCAAUCUUCCGUCUUAUUUUGUAAUAUGGUCAGACCACAUCCUAAAUCAAAUGAAUUACAUUGUGAAUAGUUUAGUUAAAUGAUAUGCUUGAUAUUUUUGUUUUAUUAUUAUUAUUAUUUUUUUUUUUGUUUCUCCAUUUGAAUUAUUUGUUUGUUUAUAAAAACCCCUAUGUGCAAUUUAAACAUUUUUAGAUGAAAUUUAUCUUAAUCUAUUUACCUAUUUUAAUAAUUGCAAGUAGACACGUUUAUUUUUCUUGUUUUCUGCAAAACGAGGCGCAAUAUUUUUUAUAAAAAUUUUUUAAUAUUACUUUAAUGUAAAGCGCAUAUAUACAUAUAUCUAUCUAUGUAUGCAUGCAAACACAUAUAUUUAUUUUUAUCUAUGAUUACCAUUUUACAUACAUAUAUACGAAAAUAAACAUUUUAUCAAAAGAGAAGAAAACAUGCUAAAAAUGAAAUGCAUUUUGCACACACGACGAGUAUACAUAAUAAAUAAAAGUUAAAAUGAUGUAAAUGAAAAAGGCCUAAAUAUACAUACAUUCAUAUACAAGUAUAUAUAUAUAUAUGUAUAUACACACACAUAAAAUAUAAAAUAAAGUGCAAUUGAAGUAAUUCCAUAUUUUACA